CACAUCCCAUAGAGCAGUUCAAGUGUCUACCUUACCUACAGAAUCAUUUUCGCUAAGCAUUCAAAGAACUCAAACACAACAUGUUAGUGAUAGGAGUAUUGCUGGCGUUCCUAGCGCUGGCUACUGUUAACUGUCGGCCAAACUUCGCCUACAAUCAGAGUGUUCCUUACACUAACUUGCAAUCUGACCUUGACAGCUUUAAUGUUUUGGAUGUUUUCAUGUCGUAUGAUCAAACCAAUCAAUGGUUGGCAGCAUUAGCGGCUGAAUAUCCAGACAAGUGCAAGGUACAACCGAUUGGCGAUUCAUAUUAUAGUCUCGACAUCAACGCCAUCUAUAUCAACACACAACAAAGCAAGAAAAUUUUCGUAGUCGCUAACCUAAAUGCGCGCGAGUGGGCUGCCAUGACAUCAGCCAUCUACAUCAUCCACGAGCUUGUUCGUAAUUCCAACAGAUACCCAGACGCGGCCAAGUAUCAAUGGGUUGUUGUUCCCAUUACAAAUCCGGAUGGCUACGAGUAUACAAGAACCACAGAUCGCUUCUGGCGCAAAAACCGUUACCCUCAAACGGAAACUGAAUUCGGAACUGACCUAAACCGUAACUUUGAUUACAUGUGGGACUUGUUGCUGAACGAAGAAGAUGAUGAUAGGCUAGGAGAAACUUACCGCGGUCCAGUACCGUUGUCGGAAUUCGAAGCUAGGGCAAUUGCAAAAUUUCUUCAGCAAAAUGCGAAUUCAAUCGUGCUCUAUGUUGAUCUACAAGCUUACGGAGAGUAUUUAAUGAUUCCUUGGGGUUAUACGAAAGAUCCUGCACCAAAUGCUGAGUUCCUUACGUCUGUAGCACAGGCAGGCUCUAAAGCUAUAACAGAUCCCACGAGAGUACCUCGCGAUGCGCCCUUUUAUUUGGUGGGAUCAGCAGCGGAGUUAACGAAACCGGCGCCGGGAUCUAGUAUCGACUACUGUCUAUCCGUUGGAGUAAAGGCUUGUAUUGCCAUGAAGUUGACAAAUCGGUCAUACGAGAUACGUACCUUUGGUAUCCCUAUAUACGGCCAACAAGCCCUCGCUGCUGUGCAAGCAAUGGCAGACAAAGCGGACGAAGGAUAAAGCUACGACUGGAGAUGUUUAGUUUUGAGAUACGAACCGCUGCAAAGAUACAAGCUAUCUAGAAUUAAUAAAAGACGCAUUAAAAAUCAAAAUUGUCACGGAAUCUUUGCAUUAAUAGUUUUCUGUGCAACUUUAGUACAUUCACGAUCAUCAGGUGAUGCAACAGUAAGAUCGCUUGAUGUAAUGUGAAGAUUUGGAGUGGAAUGUCGCUAUUUAACUAUCCGUCGAUCCGUAUGCUGUCUUUAGGUUGAAUAUUCUAUGCUAGGAGUAUUUUUGAAAAUUUAAAAAACACUUCCAUCCUACUAUAUUGAUCCAUGUUUAAAGCCAAACUAAAUUAAAUUCAUUAUACUGUCUUAUCAAGAUUUGUAUUAAUAAGAACUGCAUUCGUUUUAA